CCACAUGAACAUUAUUAAUUCCAACUGAGAUAUGAUAUACCUACAGAUGUGUUUCAAGCUGAAAUCUUAGUUAAUCAGAAGUUCCAAUUGACUGCCUGUAUCAGGUAGUAAAAUCAACACCGUUGAAGAAGGUACAUGAAACAUGAACUUGGCCUUUUCAACAAUGAAAAAAGGUAACAAUGAUAUGCUGUAAGAAAAUGACUAGGCAGUUGGUUGUAUUAAAGGGUAGGCUAAAGGGCAGUACUGAAGUAUCGACAGCACUUAGGGAAAUCUAUCUGACGGAAUAAUCUGCAGCUCAAGCAUAAAUUUAUGAAUGAACUGUUACGCCACCGUGGGAGGCACAAUCAGGCAUUUUUUUUAAAACAGGGGGUUGUAUUUUUCAUCAGCGUGACAAAUGAAGAUGCAGCAGCCAUUGAGGCACAAACUUCAACCCACACGUAACCGGGGACUAAUAAGGAAUGGAUGGCAUGCCAACCACGUCUGCUCAGAAAAAUGAAUUCUGUCACUGGACCACAAUUCGGCAGUCUCCUGUAUAUAAAUACAAUGUGAGUGGAAUAUUUAUUGAAAAAUUUAAAAACUCUUCUGCUUGUUUAUUACCAAGAUAGAAAUCAACAUUCUAGAAAAUUUUAUUGCGAAUAUUUUUCAUUUUAGACAUUUAUUUACAAAGAGUCUAUAAAGCCAGGUGUGGAAUCCAGUUGAAACAUAGAUGCUGUUUGAAAUUUUCUCCUGUUGUUCAAAUUUGCAGUGAGUGAUCCCACUGAAGCUUUGAUUCUCUCCUGCUGAUCAGACAGAAUUCUGCUAAAAUGAGGGGAUUUUUAGUGAUAUUGUUGUUCAGUUUGAACAUCUGCCUCAGCUUGAAAAUUGGUAAAAAUUCCAAAAAGAUGCUAAAAACUAAAAGAUGUAAGUAUACAUUUGUGGUCAAAGAAAUGGCGGAGGGUGGACAUUGUCCAAAUCAAGUCCAGGAAUAUCCUCAAGCUGACAAAACCAUGGAGAGUACCACCGUGGCAGCUCACCCACAAAAUCCAUAUAGUAUUAUACAAAGUACAAAAAAUCAUAUACUGUCAGGGUCAAAAUUCAAAGAGUUAGAAAAGCGUCUGAAGGCCGUGGAAAAUAUGCUAGAAGAUCAAACAGUAGAAAAUACAUAUUUGAACCAGACAAUAAUCAAACAAGAAUCCAAACUUAAAAACUGUGACAAAAUGAUGAGUGAUUAUCACAAAAAUAUCACGAACAUGUACCGUUUGAUGAACCACCUGCAACGGGUCAUAAGUACUCAGAGGAAGGGAUACCAGGAGUUAGAGAGGAAAGUGUCCGGCAUUGUCCUAGAUGUCGUGGAGGUUAAUAAUGUAUUGGAGAAAAAAGUGACAACAUUUGACAACACUGGCAGCUUGAAACGUAAACAUAUCCAGGUGGAGACUAUCUCAAAGGUGCUUAAUUGUGGACAAACUAAUCGGGAAACUACCUUCAAAGACUGCCACGAUGUGCUUGCCAGAGGACACACUAUAAGUGGAGUGUACUAUAUUACCACCACCUACUCCUCCUGCUCAAUCCCUGUGUGGUGCGACAUGGACACAGCUCCUGGAGGCUGGUUAGUGAUUCAGAACCGCUUCAAUGGACAGGUAGACUUCAAUAGACUGUGGGAUGAAUACAGAGAUGGUUUUGGCAACAUUGCCUCUGAGUUUUGGUUAGGACUUGAUAACAUAUUCCUCUUGUCUAAUCAGGACUUCUAUGAACUGAGAUUUGAUCUAUGGGACUUUGAAGACAAUAGAGUUUACGCUCUCUAUAAGAAUUUCAAACUUGAUGGAGCCCGAGACAGGUACAAGAUACAUGCAACAGAUUUUGAAGGCAGUGCCAAAAAUGGUAUGAGCGUGCAUCAUGGGAUGCGGUUUUCCACUCCAGAUCAGGAUAAUGACAAUUGGCACACAUACCACUGUGGUAAAGAGUGGCGAGCUGGGUGGUGGUUUAACAAUUGCUGGCAUUCCAUUCUUAAUGGUCCCUAUUACAACCAAUCAACUGUCAGAACACGGGGAAUCUCUUGGAAUGACUGGAAGCCAGAGCAACUUGCCAAGACCCAAAUGAAAAUACGGCCCAGUAGGUUAUACAAGAGUGUGGAAUCAACCAAACAGGACCAGAAAGCAUCCAAAUCAAAGCCAAAAGAUGAGGCCAAAGCUCCAGUACAGAGAAAAGACUCACUAGAAAAGGUCAUUAGUAAAGUAAAACAAAAGUCAUAGGAAUUAAUAGACCUAGGUUUAUAUUAAUAAUCUGUAUGUACAAACCUACAGCAAACUUUAAUCUGUCUUUCAGCAGACAGUUUAAUUUUGUUAUCUUCCAGAAGCAAAUCAAUGGAAUAUUUCAGCUACCCUCUAACAAAAUGUAAAUUAUUAUGUAAGCUAAAGACAUACAGGCUGUGUUUACAUAAAAAUAUGAAGUUUAUCUCAUACAUUCAAAGAUUUAUCACACAUAUUGUCAGUGGAGCAGACAAGCUUAGCAUGCUUUAGCUGCCACUGCAAGAACAGAACAGACACAGAUGAAGAAUGUUUAUAGAUUUUAUUGCCUUACAAUCAAAGUUUCAGUGUCGAAAUAAAAAAAAAAAUUGGUGAUUAUAGAUAUUAAUGAUGCAAUACAAAUUCCUUUGUUUAUUAACACCCAAAAAAUCCCUGCAAGUCUAAAGGGAACCAAGUUUGCUCAGCAAAUUUCAUUUUAACCGACUGCCAUCCCUUGAUAAAUGCUUGCCUUUUUGCGUUAUGGUGUUCUAUUAAAUGUGAUUAAAAUAUUUACCAUACAAUAGAACUGCUGGAAGUACCAGAGACUAAGAACAAAACUUUUUUAAUUCCAAAAGAAGAUCAAGUAAUUCAUUUAUUUUCUCCUGAUCAAACCUCUGAAUAAAUAUACAUAAAUAUAUUUAAAACAAAGUUUUUCUUAGAGUCUAAGAAUCUUAACUAGGUAGGUACUAUUUUUAAGUAUGUACUAAUUCUAGCCACUUUAAUGAUACUGUUUCUUCUGUGUUAAAACCUGAAAUCUUUUGAAUCAAAAAGCAUCCCUCAUAUCACAUUUGAUUCUUACUAUUGGAUUAUAAUACAAUAUACUUUCAACGAAUGAAAAAAAGAGAGAUAUUAUUCUUGAGUUGUCAUUGCUGUUCUAGAACAUUUCUGUAGCAACUCCUGGGCGCCUAUCAGACUACAGAAUAAUAUAUAUGUAGAAAUAAUGUCUACAAGGUCAUACCUACAUGGCACAUGGAGCAAGUAGACGACAUUUCUUACAGUUAAUUUGAUUAUCAAUGGAUAAUCUUGCCAACACAUUGUCAGUUACAGUCUCUCCCUACAUAUUAGAAUCAUCAUAAAAUGUCCUCAAUAUCUAGAGUACAUUAAGGUCAUCUAUAACCUACCUUACAAUGUAAUUUAUCAAGAUAUUCUUAAUAUAAAAUCAUAGUACCAUCUUAUGCUCUUAGACAAAACAUCAGCAUACUAAAUUGGUACCAAAUGAUGAAAAUCCCUGUUGUACUUAAGGUACUCCGAUCCUCAGCCAGGAAGGGUAACUCUUUAAUUUAUAAUUUAAUUCAAAAAGUCUCAAAAUGAAGCUUGUAAAUUAAAUCCUUUCAUGCAACAAGUUUCAUUUUAUACCUCUCAAUGUGCUUCAAGGUUCUUUGAAGUUCUCAGAAAGGUCCUAUAAAAAGUUGAAAUUUGUACCCCAUAAAAGUAUUUUAAAAUUACAUAUUUAAAGAAAUUAAGGUUCAUUUUAAUCUAACCAUAGAUACCAAUGUUUAUUAACAUGAUAUGAAAUUAGAAGUGAUUUAUGGUGUUUUGCAAUGCUAGGAAAAUCUUUAUACACUAUGCAUUGUAAAAUGAUCGAAGCAAAUAGAAGAAAUUGUACAAAAAUUGUGCAAUUCCUUCAAAAGCCUGGAUACCUAUGAUUUUUAUUUCUAAAAUGCGUUUGUUGAUCAUAUUUGAAUUGGAAAAUGUAUAGUAGGUGUUGUUAUUCGCAUUUCCUGAAAAUUUAUUUGAGGUUUACUAAUUUUACCUAUAUUAUAUGAUUAACUUUGAAGAUGAAGUUUGAAGAAUUAUUGUGGGUAAAAACACAUUAUUUUGAGAAUUCAGAGACAUUUUUGUGAGCAUUUUCAAUUACUCAAUGCCUGAUUUUCAGAACCUGAGGUUUGGAGUACCUUAAAGAAAAAUUUCCCAAAAUAUUGUUUUAGUUCAUAUUUCUUCAAAAUUUGCCACAGAAGAGGAAUACAGCAUCAUUAGGCAUAAGUCACUCAAAGGUCCUUCAAUUAUUGGGACUCUUCAAUUUUACAGGGAAUUAGAAAUAGAGUUCAAAACUAUGUUGUGUGUCAGGGAAACUUUAACAUCUUCAUGGAUUCAAAUUGUAGCCCCCCCCCCCCCCCCCCCUCUUUAACAAGACAUUUAAAUGCUCUUGAUACACUGGUAUUCAUCAAGAAAGGGUCUGUUUUGGUAAAUUUUUAAAUCUCAUUAAUCUUUUCUUGUCAGGAGCUCAGUAACAUGCAUAUAUAUUUCUGUAGCUUUGAUUUUUGCAUAUGUGAAAGCCAGAACUCACAUUAUUGUAUAUGUUCAGUUGUUCACCUUAAAUUUAUAUUACAUUUUCCAUCAAAUCUGCAGCAUUUUUGUACUUUACUAUGUAUUUUUAACUAUUUUGUAUUAUUUAUAUGUGUUGUGAAAUCUCUGCUCUUUCAUAUAAUAAAUAUUUAAUGACACACG